AAAAAACAUUAUUGUGCAUUGCAUAGUACAUAUAAAGACAAGGUCUUUCUUCUUCCAUGGCAAUAUUAGGUCACGAGCUCAGGGCAAUAUGCAAGUUGUCACAUAUACAAAUGACUCUAAUUCUACUGGUGAAUAUUUGUGCCAUGCAAUUUCUGACUUUGCAUGGACUACCUUCAAAUGAAAGCAUGGCCGAUUCAUUUUGUUCGUGUUACUCGGAUUGUUAUUCAAAUCCAAUGGCUACGCGUGGAUGCAGAUCCAGUGAUCUCCCUGCUGAUAUAGAAGGAUUUUGUGUAUUGUACUGUGAUUUUGUGUUUAAUACUACAUACCCCAGUAAUUCUUCCUGCACGGAUUAUCUACAAAUAACUCGUCCCUUUUUUGAGAGCGUUACACAACAGGGCGAUUAGCUAGAUCACUGCAUCCCGGCCUAAUUAUAAUUGACGUGCAUACGGUGUAUUGUACUACAACUUUACAUUUUAGUACGUAGUAUUUCACUAUAAUACACCACUAA